AUGAGAAAUUAAGGAGUUUAAACCAUAGAGACAGGAGCCUAUAACUUCUUUUUAUUACCUCCUAUAACUGAACCUUUAAAAUCAGAAAAAUCUAAAAUAUUAAGUAAGAACUCUUAGUAAAAAUUCAAGUUAAGAUCAAUUGAUGCUAAACCAACAAUUUUAUUUAAAUAGGAACAAUUAAAAUAAAAAAGGAAGAAUUAAGACUUGCUUUUACACCAAUUACAUUUACCCUUAAUAAGGCCUGAAUUAUAAAUAGCUCAAUCAAAAACUAAGGAAUAAAAUUUCUCUGCUCAUAGGCUUAUUGAUAACAUUUAGCUAAUUAGCUGCAUAUCAAGGGCAAGGAAUCUAUCUUACAACGAAUAAAUAAAUAAAACAGAGAGAUCAGCCUAAUUUAGCAUUCGAGGAACUCAAAGUUAAAUACAAAGUAGGAUACUCUCUUGA